AUGCUCCGAGAUGAACUGACAGGAAGAAAGUACUUGCUUGUCCUGGAUGAUCUGUGGCAUGUGAACCCAUUAUUGUGGCAUGAUAUCUUGAACACCUUGAGAGGAAUAAAUACAUCCCGAGGAAACUUCAUUCUCGUGACAACUCGUAUGGAACUGGUGGCGUCCAUAGUAACAACAAUAGGUCCUCAUAUGUUGGAAAAAUUAGCAAAAGAUCAUUGUUGGUCCAUUUUCAGACAAAGUGCAUUUGUUGUUGGGGAAGUUCCGGAGGAAAUGCUGAGCAUGAAGAACAAGAUUGUUGAAAUGUGUCAAGGUCUACCGUUGGCUGCAACUGUAUUGGGAGGCCUCUUAGGCAACAAGGAUAAACAUGAAUGGCAGGCAAUUCUUGAUGGCAACCCCCUUGUUGCAGGGGAAAAUAGCAUAAUGAAGAUCCUAAAACUAAGCUAUGAUUAUCUACCAUCUCCACAUCUGAAAAAAUGUUUUGGCUACUUUGCAAUGUUUCCAAAAGAUUUUGAGUUUGAGAAGGAGCAACUAAUCCAACUCUGGAUGGCAGAAGGGUUUCUUUGUCCAAGUCAAGAGAUCCCUGUGAUGGAAGACGUAGGGAACAAGUUUUUUCAACAUUUGUUGAAAUAUUCCUUGCUGCAAGAUUUUGAGCUAGAUGAGCACAACAAUAUAACACACUGUAACAUGCAUGAUUUGGCUGGAGAUACAUUAAAAUCUAAACUAUUUGAUACGAAAAGUGUUGGAGGUGAAAAUCUUUCUCAAGCUCGAUACUUUGGAUGGGACUCACCAAGUGAUCAAGUGGAUACGAUGAAUGAGGUGUUGGGCAUCAAGGAGUUGUCAGUCAAAAUCAGCAAGCUAAUAUACUUGAGAUAUCUUGAUCUCUCGAACACUCAAAUCGAAGACUUUCCCAACUCCAUUUGCAAGCUCUACAAUUUGCAAACAUUUAGAGUCAAUGAUUUUUCUUCACUCAGGAAGCUUCCAAGAGAAAUGGCAAGUAUGGUAAGUUUGAGACACAUAUAUUACCAAUCAGAAAUUCAUGACCAGUUUCAGAUGCCACUUAAUAUGGGGCAAUUGACCAGUCUUCAGACGCUACAGUUUUUCUACGUAGGUUUAGAGAAAGGUCGUCAAAUCGAAGAAUUAGGUGUUAUCUCCUGUCGUUUGAAAAACCUUAGAGGUGAACUGACGAUCAAAUGUCUCCAAUUAGUCGGAAAUAAAGAAGACGCUCAAACAGCAUAUAUAAAGGAGAAACCAAAUAUCUACAAGCUGGCAUAUUUAUGGUCCCAUGAUGAAUCCGAAGGCUGUGAGAUCAAUGAUGAACAUGUGUUGGAUGGUCUUCAACUGCAUCCUAACUUGAAAUCCCUAUUAGUAGUGGACUAUUUAGGGACUAAAUUUCCUUCAUGGUUCAGUGAAGAGUCGCUACCAAAUUUGGUCAAGUUGAAAUUAAGUGGUUGCAAAAGGUGCAAAGAAAUUCCAUCCCUUGGCCAAUUGAAAUUCCUUCAGCAUCUUGAGCUGGUAGGAUUCCAUAAGUUGGAAUGCAUUGGACCUGCUUUAUAUGGUGUUGAGAUUAGCAAUAUUGGAUCAAGCAGCAUUAUCCAAGUGUUCCCGUCAUUGAAAGAACUAGUAUUGAAGGAUAUACGUAGCCUUAUUGAGUGGAAUGGAGAUGAAGUUGGAGUAAGAAUGUUUCCUAGGCUUGAGAAGUUGAGGAUUAAAGACUGUCCAUUGUUAAAAAGUACUCCAACUCAAUUUGAAAUCCUCCAUAAAUUAAGAAUUGAUGGAGUUGACAAUGAAAUGCCAUUAUUGAACUUGUGCAGCAACUUGACAUCUCUUGUGGAUCUUGCUGUUGGUAAUGUGAAAAAACUCACUUGUCUUCCAGAUGAGAUGCUACGCAACAACAUUUCUCUUCAAUACAUAUCGGUCUUCGACUGCAGAGAGUUUCGUGAAUUUCCACAAAGCUUGUACAAUCUCCAUUCUCUUAAGAGAUUAAUGAUUGCCAACUGCACCAAUUUCAGUUCUUUUCCUGUUCCCAGUGGAGAUAACUAUUUGACUUCCCUCCAAUUAUUUCAGUUAUGGUUUUGUGAUGGAUUCAUCAGUUUACCAAGUGGAAUGCUAGAUCAAUGCCUGUAA